GGGGUCGGGCGGCCGGCAGCCGCCGCGCUCGCCUGACCUGCGUGCUCCCCUGGCCGCGCCGGGCUGCCCCGAAGGAUGUCCGCCCAGUCCAAGGGGACCGCAUCGUCCUCCUCGUCGCCGUCCGAGGGGCCGCCUGCAGCCUCCAAAACCAAGGUGAAGGAGCAGAUCAAGAUCAUCGUGGAGGAUUUGGAAUUAGUCUUGGGGGACCUGAAAGACGUGGCCAAGGAACUUAAGGAGGUGGUUGACCAGAUUGACACGCUGACGUCUGACCUACAGCUGGAGGAUGAGAUGACAGACAGUUCCAAAACGGACACGCUCAACAGCAGCUCCAGCAGCACAACAGCUUCUAGCUUAGAGAAAGUCAAGCUGCGGGGCAGCACGCCGCUCCUCAAGCCACCCACACACCCCUCUGCUAUCCUCACCGUGCUGAGGAAGCCGAAUCCGCCUCCUCCUCCACCACGACUGACACCCGUCAAGUGCGACGAGCCUCCGAGGCUGCCUCCUUCAGCCAACCCUGUCAAGACUAAUGGUACCCUGCUGCGAAACGGGGGCUUGCCAGUUGGGCCCAGCCGCAUCCCAAAUGGAGAUAUAUGCUGUAUACCAACCAGUAAUUUGGAGAAAGUUGCAAUGCAGCCUCUGAUGCACAGACCUGAGAAAGAGCGGUGUCCUCAGCCUGGAGCAAGGGAACGAGUACGAUUUAGUGAAAAAGUGCAGUAUCACGGCUAUUGCCCUGAUUGUGAUGUUCGGUAUAACGUUAAAAACAGGGAGGUGCACUUGCACAGCGACCCUGCCCGUGCUGUGGGAAAGCUGCCACACCAGUGCCCUCCUCUGCCACCUCCACCGCCUCCACUGCCUCCAUUUCCUCUGGAAAAUGGAGGGCUGGGAUUAAGUCCCAGUAAUAGCUUUCCUCCUCCGAGACCUGCAACUGUGCCUCCACAAACUGCACCAAAACCCCAGAAAACCAUCCUGAGGAAAUCAACCACAACAACAGUGUGAUGUAUGCCACUUGAAAUAACUCUCUCUUUUCCUAUAUAUAAACAUAAAUAGGUAAUGAGCACUUUCUACUUGAGCAAUAAAAAGACCCAAGUGAAGUGGCAUAAAAAUCACAUGAUCUGUCCCUUGAGGUUGUUUCCCUGAUCUUUUGGCUGACUUCUGCAAUUUCGCAAGCAGUAAUGGAAGAAACAAUUUACAUGAGGCAGGAAAUGUAACAGAUCUGUAUGAGACAAAACAUUUGUGUUUAGCAGUCAGUAAGAUGAACUACAGCCAACAUCAGUGGAAGCUGACGUUUGAAACAAAGCCAGUGUACUUUCCUUACACCCACUGCAAACGGAUUGGUUACAGAAUCUUUCUGGUACUACAUAAAUGCACCUUCAGGCUUGAAGGAAUAUCUAUACCUGGAGGCACGUCAGUUAAUUUCUUGCACAUCAGAUUCAUCAUAGUGACUUCUUGCAGGCCAGAUCUGAGAAGUAACCAGGAACCUGACCCUCUGUGGAGAAUGGAAAAGCCCUUCAAGUCAGAGCACAACUGAUCAUGAGUGUAAUCUGCAUUUUAUCAGCUUUCUCAGAUCUGACAGCUACAAGCUGAGUCCUGGCAAAAGCCACAGCCUUAAAUUCCAUUUAGUGGGAAAGGAGAAUAUAGAGGACUAAAUGUCUUGCCCCAUUGCAGAAACUGCUGUCUCCAAGCCUGACACUUGAGUCCUGUGCUGAGCAACCAGAGUAACAAACAGUGAGUUUUUCAUGGGUCCAGCCAGCAUCCACAAAUAUUUCAGUAUGUAGCCAAAAGGAGAAAUGAAGCACUUAGGUAAUAGCAGAAAAUGAAUGCAUUUACUGUAACAGAGGAAUGUUUCUGUCUGUAGGGAAAGAAGACCUUGUCAUCCCUUGUACAUAUUCAAAGCCAUACAGGAACAGGGCAUCAGUGAUGUUAAAUUGCUUAAAAUGACACUGUCUCCUGUCCUCCGCCCAACUUUGAAGAAGUUCGGCUGUUAGAGAUUGCAUCUCAAUGCACUUCUAGUAUUUGCACUGUCACUUCCAUUCAGGGUAAUGAUGUGUGUCACCAUUUGCACAGAUGGCCCCAGGAGAUUUUUGGCCACAACAAGCUAUACUUUGCCGGGGCUCCAAAAGGAAAGUUAGAACUGAAGAAAAACAUUUGCGCUUUCUUUCACUAUGGGGAUCUCUUCACAGAAAGGACUAUGGUCUUUUCUUAGGUUUAAAUAAAUACAUACAUAUACAUACAUAUAUAUAUGUAUAUAUAUGAAAAAGCAUCAACAUGAUAAGGUGUAUUUAAAAAGGGGAUAUAAUCUUUUGUAAUAGCAUCCAUUUUUUAUUGUAUUAGCAACCAAGAAAUUUAGUCUAUGGAAUUAUACAUCCAAAAUGUUCCUAUUGAACAUUGACAUUAUAGUCCCAGUUACUGUUAAAGAAAUCAUUUGUAAUAUGUAUUUGACAUAAAAUUUUUCUAGCCAUUUGUCUAUACUUCAUGGAGAUACCUAACAGACAAGCAGCAUUUUCAGUUUAUUUUUCUAAAUAAAUUUGUUGUUUGUAUUAUUUGCAGUCACUCAUUUUGGCUGGUUUUCGUUAUCUCCAAAAAUGAUUUAAAGACAGAACCAAAACACAGGAAUUGUUCGUAUUAAGCUGUAAUGAUUUGCUGACCGAAAGCUUUAAUAUAAAUACUGUAAUUUGUAAAACGAUGAAGUAUAUUUAUACAGGCAAAUAUGUAUGGAAAACAAGAGGAGGUAUUUUAACUCUUAAUUUCAGAACAUAGUUUAUUUUAAUAUCCACAUGAAGAAAUCUAAAUAUAUAAUGGGAUAGAUUUUUUAUUAUCAGUGAGUUUUAGCAAAUGAAGAUUUGGAUGCUGAAGCAUGAAGAGAAUGUAGUCUAAUAAUGGUGGUUUCCCAAAUUAUGAAGAGACCCUUUGUCAGCUGUCUCUUUUUAUUCAAAAACUGGUUUCAUUUUUUGAGGUUUGAGGUUUGGGUUUUUUUCUAUGUGUGUGUAGGGCUGUUUGUUCAGGUUUUGUUUGUUUUAGCAUACUGAAAAGGCCGUGAAGGUGAUACUAUUUGAUCACAAAUGGAGAAGCUACAGAGUAAGAGAUUGUUCCUUAGAACAAUCUACAGUUUACAGUUAAGAAUACUCAUUGUUAUCCAUCUACUGAAGUGUUUUGUUGUCAAGCUAUUGAAUAUUUCAAUGCUAGAGCUGUUUUGAAUAAAAUAUAUUUUUUCCUUU